AAAAUGAAGAUGAUGACAGUAUUUGUAUCCUAAUUAAGCAUAUUUGGAGAUCAGACAAUUGUAGAAGAAAGAUUCAAUGUGGGAUAAGAAACAAAGUUCUCUGUUUUUCAAAUUCCUGGAUGUUUCCAUUCUAGUUUCAUCCCUUUCUGGAGAAGAACGAGUUUUUCAAUAUUUCUGAGAGAAAACUGUACUUGGACCAAAAUGGAGAGAUAACAGCAGAUCUGGGCAUUUUGGGCUUCUUGGUUCUCCCCAAGGGAGAUGUCAGGAGUGAGAUUCUGGCGUAUUUUGAAAGACAGAAACUUUCUAUCGACCAAGAUACUCUUUCACUGCUAAAGUUACUCAAUAAGUCCCUGCCUCAGUCCAAAUGUGUGGAAAGUUGUCAUCCUGGAUUUGUCAAGAGGGCUCGAGAAGGAGAGCCAGUUUGCUGCUAUGACUGCGUUCCUUGUCCGGAGGGGACCUUCUCCACUCAGGAAGUCUCUGGGAAGCUGAGAAUGAAAUGCCCGCUGAGUUUGGAGAACCAGGAUGGAAAACAACCACGGAGCUACUACAGCCCAGGAGACCAUCUCAUUGGUGUAGUCACCAGUGGAAGGGAAAUAUUGCAUACAAAGUUGCUUUUCAACAUGGCUCCUUCUCUUCAGUUUGUUUUCAAAGAUCCAUGCUCAACAAAGAAGGGAUCCAGAACCCAGCAAUUGUCCAGCUGCUCCUCCAUUUCAGAUGGACCCUGAUUGGCCUCUUUGCUUCAGACACAGAGAAGGGAGAGAAUUUCAUGAGGAUUUUUCCUCCUAUGCUUGUCAGGAGUGGAAUUUGUGUGGUUAUAUCACAACUGUUCUCAACAACUGGAUAUACAGCUUCCCUCAGGGAUUCCCUCUCUAAGUGGAGACAAGUCAACGUCUUUGUUCACUUCAUGGAACUUGAUUCCCUUUUGGACAGAAUUCUUCCUUUCCAUGAAACAUUUAUGCGUCUCCCAGGACCCAUUGAAGGGAAAGUCUGGAUCCUCACAAGUUUUGUAGGGUAUACAAUGAACAAGCAUAGACUUUUCAAAUACAUCCAUAGUAUUUUGAACUUUGGUUAUCUGGGAAAAGAAAGGCCAAUUGAUUCUGCCUUUGAACCCCAUUUCUUUGUGGAAGAAAAGUUUCAAGAUCCUUAUUUUCUCUGUUCUCUUUCAAAAAACGUCUUUUCUGUCAAAGGCCGCAGAAGAUGCACCCAGAAAGCCCCACUGGAGACCCAGGAGAAAAGGAACAGAAAAAGGAUCCCAAAUCACUACCAUGAUUACAGUUUCAUUCAGACUCUGGCCCAGGCCUUGAAUGCCGCUUAUUCCUCCAGAUCGAGGAAGAGAAGGAAGGAGGGAGAAAAGAUCUUGGGGUCUCCAAGGCUGCAGCCGUGGCAGUUUCAUCCCUUUCUGGAGAAGAAUGAAUUUUGGAAUAUUUCCAGCAUUAAAUUGUACUUGGACCAAAAUGGAGAGAUAAUGGCAGAUCUGGGCAUCAAUAUCUUCUUGGUUCUCCCCAAUGAGGAUGCCAAGAAAGAGUUUCUGGCGUAUUUUGACAGACAGAGACUUACUAUCAACCAAGAUGCUCUUUCACGGCUAAAGUUGCUCAAUAAGUCUCUGCCUCAGUCCAAAUGUGUGGAAAGUUGUCAUCCUGGAUUUGUCAAGAGGGCUCGAGAAGGAGAGCCAGUUUGCUGCUACGACUGCGUUCCUUGUCCGGAGGGGACCUUCUCCACUCAGGAAGAUACAAAAAAAUGCACCAAGUGUCCAGAUGAUAAAUACCCAAAUGAGGCCAGAGUCCAAUGUAUCCCCAAAGUCAUAACCUUCCUGUCUUAUGAAGAACUUCUGUGCAUCAUCCUGGUCUCUUUUGCCCUACUCUUCUUCCUAACUACAGGGCUGCGCUCCCUUGGCUGCCCUCCACGGCUCCCUCCGGAGUGA